AUGCAGCCCUGGGCCUCCCUUUCAGGUAGCUAUGGGCCAUCCACAUGGAAGGCUGAACCCUUGUCGCAGGUCCUACAAGCUUUGCAGACCACGCAAGGACAGCUGAGUCUUUUGACCAAGAGACUGAGCAUGCUUCGAGAAGAACAUGAGGCCCUUUGCGACUGUUUGGCGUUUCACGGUGCCGUCCCAGCAGAGAGGCUUUUGGCCUGGAUGCACCGACGGCGCUUCGCAGAGGCUCGGAGGAGGCACCCGGUGGCGUGCCAUGAAACUUUGGAAUCCUUGAUGCAGGCGAAGGAGUUGGCCCUCGACUUGGCGGUUCGUUUGGGCUUGGAGGUUUGCACCACCUUGAGUGGUGCGUCUCGCGGGCUUCGAAGCUCCUUGUCCUCGCUGGGCCCCGAACUCGCCAACCUGUUCCCGUUCCAACUCUUCGCGAUCGGCGGGGAGGCCUGUGGCGAUGCACUCAGCUCUGUAGAGCGCUUCAAUUUGUCCCAGAACUCCUGGGAGACGCUGGAGCCCUUGCGAACGCCCAGGAGUGGCUGUGCAGCCGUGGCCCUGGGAGGCUAUGUCUACGCGGUGGGUGGCUGUGGUAUCGAUGGAGAAGACCUCCGAUCGGUGGAGAGGUGCUUUAAGGAGGUGGCCUUGCUUUUGUCUGCGCGAUGA